GGUAUAUCUAUGGAGGUAUUCUUUCGUUGAGUGAAAAUAUGAUUCAAAAAUUUUUCAAAUUUUAUUGGCAGCAGAUGAACUAUUUCUUCAAGAAUUAAUUGAUUAUUUACAAAAUAUUUGAUUGAAAAUAAAUCCGAAUGGAUGGAGCAACACUUUGAAUUCAUUCAUCGAACAAGUUUUCAAUACAAUUCUUUAUUGGAAAUUCAACGAUUCUGUACAGAUUUUAUGGCAAAAUCUCCAGAGAAAGUAUUUAAAUCACUUGAUUUCACUUCACUUCCUGAAAAAUCUUUAGUUCAACUCAUUAAAAGAGAUGAUUUACAAAUGAAAGAAAUAGAGGUUUGGGAACAUGUAUUAGAAUGGGUCUUGCACAAAAUCCUACACUUGAUCCUAAUGAUUUGUCAGAUGCUGAUUUUAAAACAAUGAAAUAUACUUUACAACAUUGUUUACCUUGGAUUGGAUUUUUUAGUUUAUCAUCCAAAGAAUUUUCACAAAAAGUUCGUCCUUAUAAGAAGCUCUUAAGACGCCAAAUUUAUGA